AUGCCGUUACUGGGGAAACGGCUCUUUCUGUGUUUGAUAGCUCUGUAUGGGGGCAUGUGCCAGAGACAUGAUGAUCAACAGCAGGCCAUGUUCCUUGCAGGUCCCAUGACUAUCGAGCAGGGGAAAGGCCUGAAUGAAGAAGUAUUUGAUGGAGAAUUGAUGGACAGAUUUGACUGCAGUCAUCCCAUACCUCCUGGCUCUAGACUGUACUUUGAGCACCUCCAGAGCAGAGGGGUGACCCACUUCAAGGUGCCACUGUCAUGGGCUCAGCUUCUACCCACGGGUCUCCCCAGCCAGCCCCACCAGGCUGUGGUGACCUGUUACCAGACCCUGCUGAGACAGCUGCUGGAGUCGGGCCUUCAGCCUCUGGUUGUGCUUCACGGCUCCACUGUGCCGGAGGCUCUGAGGUCACGGUUUGGAGGCUGGGAGAGCCGGGAGCUGGUGGACGUGUUUCAGCAGUACGCAGAGUUUGUGUUUGGGGAGUUUGGAGAGCUAGCAGCGUCAUGGGUGACACUGAGCAGCUUGGAUGAACUAACGGGGGCUGAGCUGCAAAACGCUCUUGAUGCACACAGCAGAAUCUAUCGCCGUUAUCACCAGAUGUUUCCCGGGAGAGAUAGACAGUUAUCAAUCGGGGUAAAGGGCAGUAAAAUCCAAGUCAUCUGUGAAACCCAACAACAGAAAUACUUAGAUUUCCUGUCUGUUAAAGUUCAGUAUGACUGCACUGACGGGCAGAACCUGGCUGAGGAACUGAGAAAUCUCAUGGGAAAGUGUGGAAAGAAACCGGUUCUCAUUUACGAGUUGAACAUCCAGGGCUGUUCUCCUUAUCACUUCCUGUCUGAUACCAAGAUAUUAGAAGUGCUGAGAAAUGCAGAACUAAAUGUUCUUGGAUUGGACAUGGUGGAUCUGUUACGUCCUGCUAACUCUGUCCCAAAAAGGUGUAAAACCUAUAACAGAAAUGAUCUUCAAACAUCAUCAUGUUUAGAAACCUACUGCAAAACCUGGAGCAAUUUUGCCACCAUGAACUCAGCUCAGCGAGAUGCGUUCCUGAAUGAAUCUUUCCCUGCAGACUUCCAAUGGGCCACGUCCAGUGAGUCCUUCAAGGUAGAAGGUGGCUGGUCAGACGAGGGGAAGGGGGAGACCGUUUGGGAUCGCUUUGGUCAUGGAAACCUGGCCUUUGAGAAUCAGACAGCUGAUCUGGCUUGUGACAGUUUCCACAAGGUGGAUUAUGAUGUCUACCUCCUGCGAGGUCUCCAUGUCAACACCUACCAGUUCUCCAUCUCCUGGGCCCGUAUAUUCCCCUCAGGCCACAGAGACAGCCAAUCAGAGAAAGGGGCUCUCUACUAUGACAAGCUGAUCGAUGCACUCAUUGAGUCUGGCAUACAACCUGUUGUCACCCUAUACCACUGGGAUCUGCCUCAAGCUCUCCAAGAACAUGGUGGAUGGACCAACACGUCCAUCCUUGAAGCCUUCAAGGACUAUGCAGACUUCUGCUUCUCCAGGUUUGGAGACAGGGUCAAGACUUGGAACACAUUCAGUAGCCCCUGGGUGGUGAGCCAUGCUGGCUAUGGCACUGGUGAGCACCCCCCUGGUGUAAAGGAUUAUGUGGUUGCCUCCUAUCAGGCCACUCACAAUAUACUCAAGUCUCAUGCUGAGGCCUGGCAUGUCUACAAUGACAAGUACCGGAUGAAACAAGGAGGAAAAGUGGGCAUUGCAUUGAAUUCUGACUGGGCCGAGCCCCUCGACCCCUCCAGACCUGAAGACAUAGUAGCUGCGGAUCGCUACCUGCAGUUCAUGCUGGGCUGGUUUGCACAUCCCAUAUUUGUAGACGGAGAUUAUCCUGAAAAACUCAAGACUCAAAUUGAAGAGAAAAAAAGACUGUGUCCCAUUUCUGAGCCUGCAAGGCUUCCAGUUUUCACUCCUGAAGACAGGAAGAGGAUCCAUGGAACUGCUGACUUUUUGGGGUUAAACCACCAUACCUCCCGGUUGGUCAACAAUCGUGAUGGUGGCUGCACCGCUGGUCCUCAGGGGGUUGGUGAUUUCCAGACCCAUGUGGAUCCAUCGUGGUCCCCUACAGCUUCUGACUGGAUAUAUUCAACACCAUGGGGCCUACGAAGGCUUCUAAACUACAUUUCCAAAGAAUACUUGAACGUUAAUAAAGUGCCGAUCUACAUAACUGGGAAUGGGAUGCCUACUGGGGAUAAUGCGGACACUCUCAAUGAUACCAGCAGAAUAGAGUACAUGAGGAGUUACAUCAAUGAGGCCCUGAAAGCUAUACAACUGGAUGGCGUAAAUGUUCAGCGGUUUACUGUCCAGUCACUCAUGGAUGGUUUUGAGGGUCCACAAGGCUACAGUGAACGGUUUGGACUCCACCAUGUCAACUUUGAUCUACCUGACAGACCCAGAACUCCAAAGCAGUCUGCCUACUUUUACUCUGAAGUCAUUGAGAAAAAUGGUUUUGCUUCAAAGAAACAGUUCUUUCAUGCACCAGAUAUGUCAAAUAUGAAUUCAAAUAAAGUUUCCCCGAUGCCACCUUCCACAGUCCCAUCAGAAGCCAAGGAUGUCUGGAGGAAAUUCUCUAAACAAAACAAUUUUCAGAGAAAGCUCUACCACUAUGGUACCUUCCCUCAAGGCUUCGGGUGGGGAGUGUCAUCAUCAGCUUACCAGAUUGAAGGUGGCUGGAAUGCAGAUGGGAAGAAAUCCAGCAUCUGGGAUACCUUCACCCAAGAACCUGGCAAUAUUCCUGGUAAUGCCAGUGGAGACGUGGCCUGUGACAGUUACAACAGACUUGAUGAAGACCUCUACAUGCUGCGAGCUCUGAAGGUGAAUUCGUACAGAUUCUCUCUGUCCUGGUCCAGGAUCUUUCCUGAUGGUCGGCGUAGCUCCAUGAACCAGAAAGGUGUUGACUACUACAAUAGACUCAUUGAUGGUCUCCUAGCGUAUAACAUUACCCCCAUGGUGACACUCUAUCACUGGGACCUCCCUCAAGCUUUGCAGGACAUUGGUGGAUGGGACAAUGUAGACAUGAUUAAUAUUUUUAAUGACUUGUGUGACUUCUGCUUUGACAAGUUCGGAGACAGAGUAAAGUUUUGGAUGACCUUCAACCAACCUCAAACAAUUGCAUGGUCCGGAUAUGGACUUGGACAGAUUCCACCAAAUGUAAAAAAUCCAGGAAUUGCACCAUACAGAGUUGCACACAACCUGAUAAAAGCUCAUGCCAGAGCCUACCACACAUAUGAUGAUAAGUAUCGGACAUCCCAAGGUGGAUUAGUGUCCAUUGCCCUCAAUGCUGAUUGGAUGGAACCUAAAGAUGUCACGGUUCCCAGAGAAGUGGUGGCUGCUGACCGCGCUCUGCAGUUCCAACUGGGCUGGUUUGCACACCCUAUUUUCAAGAACGGGGACUAUCCCGAAGCAAUGAAAUGGCAAGUUGGAAACAAAAGUGAACUCCAAGGUCUUUCAGAGUCAAGACUUCCUUCCUUUACUGAAGAAGAAAAGAGCUUCAUCAGGGGAACCGCUGACAUUUUCUGCGUAAAUCACUACACUACAAAGAUAGUGAACCAUAAUACAGCUCCACUUAGCAUUAAAUCCUAUGACUAUGACAAGGAUUUGAUAGAAGCGGAGGAUAGUGAUUCACCAACCACAGCCAUCAGUAAACAGAGAGCUGUCGCAUGGGGCUUGAGGAGACUCCUCAACUGGAUCAAAGAGGAGUACGGAGAUCCGGCGAUCUACAUUACUGAGAAUGGAGCAUCCACAGACAAUAAGAUCACAGUGGAUGACACAGAAAGGGUAUUUUUCCACAAAACCUACAUUGAUGAGGCUUUGAAGGCCCAUAAUCUUGAUGGUGUGAAGGUGAAAGGAUACAUAGCAACAUCUCUCAUGGAUUCUUUUGAGUGGCUUAAUGGGUACAAAGUUGGAUUCGGGCUGCACUAUGUGGACUUCACCAAUCAAAACCGUCCAAGGACGCCCAAACGCUCAGCUCACUAUUAUUACCAGGUCGUGAGGGACAAUGGUUUCCCAUUACCAGAAGAUGAGAAGACGCUUUACGGAGCAUUUCCCACAAAUUUUAACUGGAGCACUGCUAGUGCUUCCUACCAGAUUGAAGGGAGCUGGAGAGCACAUGGAAAGGGAUUGAGUAUCUGGGACAAGUUUGCCCAUACUCCUUUGAGAGUGAGCAAUAGUAACAAUGGGGAUAUCGCUUGUGAUAGUUAUAAUAAGAUUGAUGAAGAUGUGGCGGUGCUGAAGAAGUUGAAGGUUUCAGACUACCGCUUCUCUGUAUCCUGGCCCAGGGUGCUUCCUGAUGGCACCAACAACUACAUCAAUGAAGCUGGACUGAACUACUACCAUAGAUUACUGGAUGCAUUGGAAGCUGCUAACAUUAAGCCACAGGUGACCCUGUAUCACUGGGACCUUCCAUUGGCUUUGCAGAAAGUAGGGGGGUGGCAAAAUGCAACGAUUGUAGAUAGAUUUAGAGAUUAUGCAGAUGUUUUAUUCAGCCGACUUGGAAACAGAGUGAAGUUCUGGAUCACUUUAAAUGAACCGUACAUUGUAGCCAACCUUGGCUAUGGAUAUGGUACCUUUGCUCCAGGUAUUGUGGGUAAGCAGUAUAUUGCGGCUCACAACCUGAUCAAGGCCCAUGCUGAGGCGUGGCACCUCUAUAAUGACAAGUACCGUGCACCACAUGGAGGCAUCAUCUCCAUUACUAUCAAUUCGGAUUGGGUGGAGCCACGGAACCCAUAUAAGCAGGAGGACGUGGACUCAACCAAGCGCUACUUGCAGUUCUUCAUUGGCUGGUUUGCCCAUCCCAUCUUCAAUGGAGAUUAUCCAGACUUAAUAAAGACCAUCGUUCGCAGAAGAAGCCUCGCUGCAGGUCUCCCUGAGUCACGGCUUCCUGAGUUCACUCCUGAUGAAAUCAGAAGAAUCAAAGGGACCCAUGAUUACUUUGGCUUCAACCAUUACUGUACGGUCCUCUCAUACCCUGUAGAUCUGGGAAAUCAGCAGGAUUAUGAAGCUGACAGGGGCACUGGAACCACACACGACCGCACAUGGAUUGAAACUGGCUCCUUCUGGCUGAAGAUCACGCCAUUUGGAUUCAGAAAAAUCCUCAAGUUCAUCAAGGAUGAGUAUGGAAACCCGCCUGUCUAUGUCACAGAGAAUGGGGUCUCAGAAAGAGGACCGGUGGACCUGAAUGACAUCCACAGAACACACUAUUAUAACACCUACAUCAACCAGGCUCUUAAAGCUCAUGUUCUGGACGGAGUAGACCUAAGAGGCUACACAGCCUGGUCAUUGAUGGACAACUUUGAAUGGGCUGCUGGUUACUCUGAGCGCUUUGGCCUGUUCUAUGUGAACCGUUCCAACCCCACACUUCCUCGCAUCGCUAAAAACUCAGCCUCCCGCUACGCCUCCAUCAUCUCCUGCAAUGGCUUCCCAGACCCAGCCAAUGGGCCCCACGAUUGUUUGAACCCAGAACCAGAAGCAACAACUGCACCCCCUGGGACCACACUAGAGAGCACUUUUAACACAACUGUUCAUACAACUCAUCAUACAACAGAUCAUACGACUGUCCCUGUUCUUCCUCCGUUCACGGUGGACUUCCUGGGUCUGGAGCUUUCGUCUCUAGAUGCUAAAGUGGCACUUUACGUCAUCUUUGCGUUUCUUCUCGCAAGUGUCCUCGGGGUUGUCCUCACCGUGUUCUGGCUCCUGAAAAUAAAAAAGAAAUGCCUGUGUCAGUGUGAAUGA